AUGGAUGUCAUAUCUCAGGCUCUGGGGACAGAUGUCCCGCUUUCAAUUUCUGUUCUCUCGGAUUUGGGCAAAGGCACUUUAAGAAAAGCCUUCUGCAAUACUUCCGGAGCCCUGGAUGCCUCUCAAGUCCUGGCUCUCUGGGAGAAGCUCAUUUCUACCGUGCAAAGCCCUCAGGUGACGUACAAGCACAUCACAUCUGCGUCUAAUGCGCUAUGUGUGUUUCUGAAUGGCGGAGCCGAAAGCUCCAAUCCCCAGAUCCGGACUUUCAUCUUCUCUGACCAGACAUGGUUUGAGGCUUUUCAAUGUGCCCAUAGAACCUUCAACGACGGAAAGACAAAGCCUGCGUUUCAAAUCAUGGAGACCCUCUGUGACAUGAUUCAGAGAAUGCCCCAUGGAGAGACUGCCACUGAUAUUCUUACAAAGGCCGUUCAUCCUUUAAUUAGAAUUGUCCUCCUAUCAUCUCCUCGAUCAGAGCUAAAAAAGGCUUGCCUCAUGCUAACGUAUCUUCUGCGGAGAACGCCAAUCCUCGACCAUAUUGCCUCACUCGCCGGAAGAUGCACGGAAGAGUACCAUUCAGCUUGGAUGCAACGUUUGUCAGAACACAAUCUUUCACUCAGCGAUGUUUCCAACGUCGGCAAUGACAGUAUUACGGCUCUCCUUCUUGCAUUGAUCUUGGCAAUGAUUGAUCUGGACACAAGAACCUCGGCUCUGAAAUUGUAUUCAGCGCUACGCAGCACCUUUGAGACAGCUCAAAAUCCGAGUCUGCAAAAUUUGGCAGAGAUAUCCGUAAAAGUAUUCUUAGAGAGAAAUCAUGCAACAUUAGGUGAUUUUGCGGAGAACGUCCUCCCCAUCAUAAUCGGCAAUAAAGAACGCUUUUUGAACUUCAUCAAACCAUAUGCGUUCUCAUGCUACGAGGGCGAGUCGAAAAUGGUUUUGUUUCUGUCUCUUCUGAAGGUUGGACGAUUGAAAAAUAUGCUGGCAGGAACUGGUACGUACAUCGUCUUCAUUCCUCAACUUGAGGAUGAAUGCAUGCUGACAUUGAUCCAAUGCAUAGACGUCCUCGAGAUUUUCAACUCAGCAUUGUCAACGACGAGUUCUGAUACCUACUGUGAGAGAGAUGAAUACUAUUGGUUCAAGGGUACUCUGGCUGUAGCAAGCUCGGAAGUACGAAUUCUCGCUUAUGGACUGCUGACUUCAUCCCCUGCCGCAAAUGGGAUUUUUCCUGCAGGGGCUCUAAAAUGCAUCUAUUCAGGUUUGAAAUAUCUCCACGACGACGCUGAUGCACACGAACGGAGUGAAAUUCUGAGUAUCACAAGGAGGUUGCUGAAAACACUGCAAACCAGUUCUUCAAGUCUUCGUAAAACGAUGAUUUCACCAGCCAGGAGCGAGGAAACUGUCAAUAUCCCGGCUCAGUACAGGUCAUUUUCGACCCGGUUCUACAACUUCUUAAAGCACGAGCUGCGCAGUGGUAUCUCCUAUCAACGCCACAUUCUGAGUUUGCAGUCGCUUCGGUACUUCAUUGAUCUCACGGUGGAGCCUGACAUCUUUGAAGAGGAUGCUGAACUCGUCACGUCUUUGGGCUGCUUGGUUCUUGACCCAUUUGACGAUGUUCGAAGUACUGCAGCCUCUCUCCUUCAGUAUCUCGCCGUCAAGAGGCCCUCUUUGGUGGCUAGGACCAUCAAUCAUCGAUUUGUAUAUGAUGCCGAGCUUUUGGCCAUCAGGACUGUCAGAGCUGAUCAUGCAGAUGGCAUGGGAAGGCUUUGGGCUUUAUGGGAUCUCUCGUGCAAUGAAAAAUCUGCUUGUAUUCAAGACAGGCACAACACUGCUGAUGGCACAGAGUUGUCUCGACUGAUAUCCCAAUUGGAGCAGCUGACUUCAGACAGCAAAAACGUGAGACCUGGAUCUGAAGUUGCUAUACAUGGUUCUUUGCUGGCAAUAAACUAUCGACUCCGAGAUCUUAAAUCCCAAGGUCGCCAUCAUCCGAUGUUCGACGCAAGAAGUAUUCUCAACCUCUGCCUUCAAGUCUGGAAUCAAGUGAGAGCCUAUCUUUGUGUUGACUCGCCAGAAAUGGAAUUGGAGGAUGAGGACGGUAAAGGGGGUCCCAAAGAUAUUCUUGCAUAUUCUUGGAGGGCACUUCGCGAUUCGAGUCUUGUCCUUCAAUCUUUAAUCCUCGCUGCUCAGCCUAACCUGGCGCUCUAUUCUUCCCUAGGUGACAUUUGUAUGGAUCAAUUAACAUCACUGAGGCAUCGAGGAGCCUUCUCCACGGUGGCCCAAACCUUCAACCUAUGUUGUGAGAAGGUUCACGCUGCCCCUGAAGUCGCUAUGCGUGGCCUCGGCCAGAGAUGGUUCGCAAUUGCUUUGAACGAAAUAGACCAACAAUCGAAUCGUCUCACGCGUCGAUCUGCUGGUCUUCCUGCAAUGAUAACAGGCCUUCUCAGCCCUAUUGAUCAUAGCUUUUUCUCCUCAGCAAUUUCUGAUCUUGUGGAUAUUGCUCAAAGGCCAUGUGCCGCCAGUCUCGAUGCACUGGGAGAAGCCAGACUCCCACAGGUCCAUGCGCUCAAUUGUUUGAAAGAAAUCAUGACCAAUUCCAGAUUUUCAGCCGUUGUCAUUCAGUUUCUUGCCAGAAUACUUGAACUAGCGGCAACAUGUCUCUCUUCCAAGGUCUGGGCCAUACGCAACUGUGGAUUGAUGCUCUUGAGAGCCUGCAUAAACCGCCUUGAUUUAACACCUACGAGCGAGGCAAUUCCCUCGAGUGCUCAGCGCCUUGACAAGGACAGCCACGAGACUCCUUUAACUAUAGCUUUGCGUCUGCUCCAAUCAGCAGAGCAUUUUGGUGACAUUUCCACCCGUCCAGACACUGCGACGGAACGUGUCUUUGCUGCGCUGGACCUGCUUGGGCAUACACAUCCGGGAGCCGCCAAUGAGGAAGAGGUAGCGAAAGCAAUCACAAGAGAGUUGUCUCAUUCGAAUUGGGCAGUUAGGGACCAUGCAGCCUUUCUGCUCGCCACUCGCCUAUCGUCUACAGACCCGCUCUCUGCAAUAACGAAACUUACCGAAGAAGUUGAAACAUCAGGAUGGAAAAGUCAAAAUCAAGCUCACGGCGCUCUAUUGUGCUGUAGAUACAUAAUGACUGCGGCAAAGGGACCGACGUCUGAGUCUGAACUAUCAUCCAUUGUGGAGGUGCUCAUUGACUCGUUCGCAAAAUGGCCUGCCACUUGGAACCCAGACUCGCUCUAUGUUGGGGCAGCUUUGCUGGACCUAUUGAACGAUGCAGCGGCGUCAGUCUUUGUCAAUGGAUGGGACUGUCGAAUCGUUGUUGAUCGCUCUCUUCUCCAGCCGGCUUUGCCCACCCAGAGAUCCAACUCGAGACAUGGCGCCUACUUUGUACAGAGAGCCCUUGUCCACAAAACAUAUUGUCAUCUGUCUCGAACGAUUUCUUCAACAACUCAAGCUCGAGAAGAGAGCUCUUUAAUUUCCGAACUCGUGGUUCAGUCCGACGCCUUGAGCUUCUUGCUGGAAACCCUCAGGGAGAAACAUUGCCACAGACCUCGACCUUCUCUAGUUGUGUUUCUCAUUCGUCUAAUUCAUGAUAGCUGUGAUGAUCUUCUUCCUCAACCAGAUGUUCUUGUGCAGGCAUUUAUAUGUUUGACCGAAUGCCUAAAACAUGUCGAAGAUGUUCCCACUGAAAUGUUACGAACGCUCAGCGGGAAGAUCGAACUCAGCCAGUUGCUCUCUUCGCGGGAAUUGAGAAACGCCACCUUGAAGUUGGAAGCUCAUGUCCUGGGCGUUGACCUUUCUGUGCAUGAACUCGACAUUCGGACGGAACAACGAACCAUACGGUGGCUCCGUGCUUUGGAGUAUGCGUCUAUGGACUCCAUGGACUUCCCUACAAGGCUGAGUGCGGCAACGGCGCUUUCAACAUUUAGCGAGUAUUUGAAGGUGUCUGAAGCUUCUGGGAAAAUGUACAAGAUCAGACUCCGACUCCUGCUAAUUCUGUAUGAUCUGCUAAACGAUGAUGAUGAUGAUGUCCGAUUCGAGGCGGUCCAAGCUGCACGUAAGCUGGGACUGCACGAGGCUCAGAGAUGGGGUAAUUUAGGACUCUGCGCGCUUGCUGCGAGACAAAUCCUCUUAGAGACGUUAUGUCAGCAAUAUGGAAAGACAAGAGAUUUGGUGGAAUCCGCCAUAAUAAGACUUCUACAAAUCGGGCUCAAUGAGAACGACGCAUUCUAUCAUCGAGUUCUGACCAUCCUCUCGGAGCGCUCCGUGGCAUCCCAAUUACAGCUCAUUUGCAGAGGAAAGAAUGAUUUAUUUGCGGAGGAAAGACAAAAUUUGUAUAUCGACGAUAUCUGCGAGAUCAAAUCUUGGACCGAUAUACUCCAUCGAACGAGUCUCCAUCUUCUCACUUCGGAACAAUCUAGAGCUGCUGUCGAGUGGACGUUGGCAGGGCUAGACCAAGUCUUGCACGUACUUCAGGUCGACUGGGAGGUGAAAUCUUCCCUUCAGUCUGUUGAUGAAGGGAGGGAGGAGGACCAUCACAUCCUAUGCCGCGGUUCAGGUUCGAAUUUAGCAAUCAUACAUCCGCUCGGGCCUUCCUACGAUCACGAAAUUCUAGUGGUGCUCCUUCCAGUCGUCAGCCUUGCAGGUGUCCUCCUUCGAAAUGGCCAUACGAUCGUGUGCGAGAAGUUACAGCAGAUCAAGUCCCUGUGCUUGGGUUCACAGGCCAACGAGAUUCUAGCGUGCGCGGUGAAUCAUGCAUUGGCUGAAAAAAUGAACGAGAACUCUGAAUCAGGAACUUGA